AUGUAUGUUGCCGACAUUUUUGUGCCUGAAGAGUGCCAUUCGUUGGUGGUCCUUGGGUUCUUGUUCACUGUCCUCGCUACGGUUUUUGUCAUCUUGAGAUUUAUAACGAGGAUUUGUUUGUUGAGAAAUGUUGGCGUUGAUGAUCUGUUCAUCAUUCUUGCGGAUCUGGGUACUCUUGGAUUCUUGAUUGCUGUUAUGCAACAAGUUAAAUUCGGCCUCGGCCUACCGCCCAACCCAAAACUCCUCUCCUCGAUCAUCCAAGCGACGACGGCGAGCGUCAUCUCGUACACCAUCUGCCAUCUCGCCAUCAAGCUCUCCAUAUCCUUCCAAUGCCUCCGAAUAUUUACUACACGGACCGCCCGCCGACUCUUCAUCAGUCUCAUCGUAUUCUACGCCGUAUACGGGAUGUUAUGUCUCAUGCUGACAGUCUUCACCUGCGAUCCUAUCGCGAAGUACUGGGAUGACUCGAUGCCAGGAAAAUGUCUUGACAAUAGAGCUUUGCGAUAUGCAUUUGCUGGGAUCAAUAUUGUCAACGAUAUCACGCUGCUCGUAGCGCCUAUGCCGUUCCUACGUAAUCUACAAAUUGAGAGGCGGAUCAAGUUCGUUCUGAUGGGCGUGUUUGCCGCUGGUGCAGUUGCUUGUAUCGUUGCUGUCAUCAGACUGCACUCGCUUUGGGCCUACAGCUCAGUCUCUAUUACACAACGACCAGCCAAGGGCGUCGACAUCGCGAUAUGGUCCGGUCUCGAAUGCAACAUCGCCAUCAUGUGCGCCUGCGUCCCCUCGCUCAAACCCCUAUUCUCCCGAGCAUUCCCGAGCUUGCUCGCGCUCCAAUCAUCGAAGUCGGACCGCAGCAAUAGUCUUCAGCCACCAGACUAUUCCCCUCCGAGGCCACGGCAUCCCCUCCAGGGCAUCGACCAGGGCAUCACGGUGGAGCAGUCAUUUGAGAUGAGGACCACGACAGCCAGUGACGAUAACACGAGCGAGAAAAACUUAGUUACUGUGAAUACGUCGCAGUAUCGGACAAAACGUAUGAGGCAUGCGAAUUAG